GUGAAACGAGCAUCGAAACGUUUCUCUUCGGAGCGGGCGAGGAUGUCAGUUCGUGAUCGACGAGCGACUGUGUGAGAGGAUCAUAAAACGUCUUAAGAGUCUUGGAAACGCGCGUGCACGUUGUCAAUAUCCCGAAUAUCGAGAGGACGAGAGGAGAGAAAGGAGGAGAAUCCACUCAGACGACGGAAGGAUAGCGGUUAAACGCGCGCCUUUAUCGGCUGCUCUCUCGGCGAGCACGUGGAUAUACAAAAUAAAUACGUGCGACACCGUAGGAAUCGUUGCGUCUCGCGCACAGAUCAACUGCAAGUAGCAGAAGGUGGAGGAGGUGUGCCAAUCGAGGGAUAACCCGACGCGUUGGAUCCGCGCCACGGUCCAUCAUCCACAGUCGAGUCGCGUUCACGAAAGAGGAAAUUACGUGUUUACGUUCUUUCGUAAUUUUUCGCCUCGCCGAUUAACGCUCGAUAAACGCGACAGACGCUAAAUUCUUUGAACACGCAUGUCUUGAAUUCCUCCUUGCGAAGCAUUCUUUUUUUUGGAUUGUGUUUGGAAAACGUUUCGCACGACGAGAUCGUUGGAUUUGUCUCCACGCGAAGGUGCGUCGAAUUUGAGUGAGAGAACCCGAUAGAGGGUAGAUCGUUCGCGACGAGUGCGAUCGAUUGCGAGAGUGAACGACGAGAAAAUAAUCCUCGAGUCACACUUCGCUGUCGAAGCGCGCGGAAUUGUGAUGCGAGUCGCCGACUUGACGUCGUUGUUCAAUUGAAGUGAAGUGGAGUUUUUUCGUGAAAUUAUUUCGGAAGCAGCCCGAAAAUGCUGCCAACGCAGCAAGAGAGCCCCUCGAGUUCGUCGGAGGUGUCCAUCAAGUUCGGAUCGUAUCUCGUGAAUGAGAAUUCUCCCACGCCGUACUCGGAUGCCACGAGGACGAAAAAGAACAAUCCCAACCGCAUUAAGAGACCCAUGAACGCUUUCAUGGUCUGGUCGCAGAUGAGGCGCAGAGAGAUUUGCGAGAAACAACCAGAUAUGCAUAAUGCUGAGAUCAGUAAAAGUCUAGAAGAAUGGAAGUUAUUACCAGAGACAGAGAAAAAGCCUUACAGAGAAGAGGCCGAGCGACUUAGGAAGAUGCAUCAGAAAGAAUAUCCAAAUUACAAAUACCGACCCAGGAAGAAGACUUCAAAACCUGCUGAGAUUUUGAAGGCAAAAGAGAGGAAAAGAACGCGAAAAUCGGUAUCUCUAUCAUUGUCGUCACUACCGCCCUCUCCAUCAUCGUCAUCAUCGAUGUUGUCGACGCCAUCAAACAGUCCGGCCUCGAUGCUCGCCAGUUCAUCCUUGUCACCGCUGUCGCCGGUCUCCGCGGCACCCGCUGCUAGUCACGCUGCCAGGACCAGAAAUGAUAAUAAUAACAAUACCCGACAACAGAUGCUGAAGAAACCGAUAAAAAAGCUUCAAUCGAGUCUUAAACCGAUGUCCAGGUCGAACUCGAAACAUGUCGAACUGACUUUGGAGACCCUGGAAACGCCACAUCAUAUGUUACGCUCUGAUGUGGAUUACAACUCGGCACCGUUAUCAAUUCCCGGCAAGGUGCCCACCAGCCCGACCUGCGACACCCCCGAUUCGCCCGAGUCCGCCUUCUACGAGGAGAGUUACAACUCUGAGAAUGUUAUCAACAACAACGCGAUCUGCAAUAUUGCUCCUAAGAUCAAACAGGAAUCAAAAGUAGAACUGAGAGAACCGAAGGUGGAGCCAAAAUCGGAAUUGGAUGAAAUGAAUUUUGCCUCGAAAGACAUAAUUCUGGCGUCUGUAGAUUUGCCGUCGACAAUGCGACCGGACAAUCAUGGUUACUGUCACACGAAUUUGACUUCCGCUGUUCGGCAGAUGAAUUUCCAAGUAAAGCGGGAACCCACGCAGCCUACGAUGAUGAACGCCGUUGUUCCGAUGACGAUGCUUCAGUCGCCAGUGUCCAUUAUGUCGUCCGUCCUUGCAACGCCGACGACGGGCAUCACGGGAGGUGCCAUCGACGAUUGUCUUCUCACGGAUGAGACUCUCAUUAGCAACAUCGGUCGUCAUCCGGUUAAUCUCGAGGAACUUAUUAACAGCUUUCCACAUCUCUCCGAUCAAACAUUAACCGAGUUAUCGUCCGACAUCGAGAUGGAUAGUUUGACAUUGCCGGAUUUAGAGUUUAAUCGUAAUGAGGAGAUUAUGUCCAUACUCAAUACUGACGAAUGGAACGCCGAGUCCUACUGAAAAGUCAAGAGAAAAAACGAAGAUGGAAGAGGAAGAUAAACAGAAUGCGCAUUAUUGGUUUGUAUGGAGCGUUUUCACGCAUAGGGACAGAUAAUCGUUACAAAUAAUUGUCCUCCACGUUGCUCGAGGACAUCAGCAGAGAAUUCAUUCGCCAUGUUCCGCAUGAACCGAUUGACAAAGAUCUUGACCGAACGCAUCGACGUGGUGCGCGAAGCAGAUAACGCGUAUUAUCGCGAUCGUUAUCAAUAUUUCUUUCACUCGGAUCGCACGCUCGAGUUCAUUUGAACGAAUUAUCAUUCGCUAUCGCGCGUCUUCGUCUUUUGUAUUUGUCGCUAGAGUAGACACGCUACUCUUCGAAUAUACGAGUGUUUUUUUUCGGCCGGCGCGCGUCGUGGCUUUCCGUGUUGUGCUUCGUGCAAUUCAAGUCUUGCACGAUCAAUCGUUAGAUCAGAAAGUGAUUUUUCGAAGGAAAAAGGUACUAUCGUUUGAUUUGCAGUUAGCUUCUAAUAUAACGAGUAUAUUUGUGGAUAACAAAAACCUGCAAUUAGCAUAAAUAAAAAUGAAUCCAAGAGAUACGGCAUUACGUGGCCUUUAUCAGUUUUUAUUUUCCUUUUCUUUCUGAAAAUCCGCAAAAAAUAUCCCGAAUUCUUGCUCGAUAUUUCGUUGCGUAGAAAUCGGGAAACGGUCAGCGCCUAAUAAUAGAUUAAUUAAUAGACUCCGAUUCGCGGAUGUGAUUUUGAUUAGACGAUUGUUGCA